AUGGCUGAUCCUACUGGAAUUUUUCAUCCAUCUUGGAAUAUCACUUGUGAAAUCGAUGUGUUCGACUCGACAUAUAGCUCUGACUUCAUAUCCAAUGUAUUUCCACAAGUAACUUUAUCCCAAAUGGACAAGACGAGCACCGAAGAACUCACCAAGAGACGUCAAUCCGAAAUUGUGCAGUCCAUGGCCUAUAAUGUGGGGUUUGAUAGACGGUACAAAACUGAACUUGAAGAGGCUCGAGGUCUAGCAGUCGUGGCCUCCACUGAAUCAUCCGAGUAUAAGACCAAAUAUGAGCUUACCAAGAAAAACCAACAAGAGGAACAUGAUCGUUUGGUUUGUCAGGUUUCCAACCUAGAACUCGAAGUAUCCAACCAGCAUGCUAACGAUAGUGAGUUAAAUGGUCGACUCACCCAAUCAAAGAAUGAUAUGGAUUGGAUGCUACAAGAAGGUAUUUUCAAAUCUUUUGAUAAAGCCAUGUGUUCCGAGACAUUUGUGAGUAACUCCAAAAUACUUUACAAAGCAUAUAAUGAUUAUGGCAUAGAUCAAGGAUGCAAAUUAAAGAAAGAAAAGUAUGGAUUUCAGAUCCAGGAACAUGAGAUGUCGAGUGAGCGUCCCGAAGAAUUGCAACAUGCUCUAGCAGCCUUUUGCAACGAAGAUUAUGUCGCAUCAUAUGGACUGGACCGAUCGAGUUUUAAGGCAUUUAAGGCCUCUUUGGUUGAAGAAGAAGAAUGA